AGUUUUCGUUUUGUUUUUUCGUAACGGAUGGUAUCCCGGUUUCAAUCUCUUUUGCCGUUGAUUUUGUGUGAUUCCAUCUUGGAAAGCACUCCUGGUAGCCAACGGCCACCGGUCUUUCACAUGAAACCCGUCAGGUGACGUCGACGGAGAGAACUUGGCGCGCGUGCGCGUGUGCGUGUGCGUGUAGUCCUCUCUGCAUUAGCGUUGUGAGCGCCUUUUCAAGAGGCUACUCUUGAUGAUCACUUAGACUGCCAAGGAGAUGAGUUCCUCGGGGAACAGUAGCGCGAAGUCCCAAGAAGACGAUGGGAAAGUCCAUGAGUAUGUUUUCACUACUCCAGUAGGCGGGAUUCGAAUCUCCAGUUCUCGGCCAAGCCCGCCAGUGUUGAACCCGAGCUGCCUCGAGGAGGAGGUGGCGGACCACGCGUUGGAUGCCUCCGGAGCUCGCCCUCCUCUUCGAAACAAGCAGCUCCGAGUUUUUCUUCCUCGAACUCCAAGCUCCCCGUCUCCGAGUCCGUUCUUUGGCCCCUGGCACCGUUCCAGUGACAGCAGCAGCUCCUCUAAAUCUUCUACUCCUUCGCCAGCAAGCACCAAGUCUUCUCCAGCGACACCUCCGGGAAGUGGAAUCGAGCAGGCCUUCAACGAUCCAAAAGCUGUCAUGCCAGGACCGUUAUCUGGUUCGCCAACACAAGAGAUGGAAUCCCCGCGGCUUACAAGAAGACAUAGUUUUCCUCCGAAAGCCAGCGUGAUACAAGAGGACUCCAAACAAAACGCGGCAAACAGGCCUCAUAAGGACAUUGUGAUCCCAGACAUAGAACGGCCAUUUGAAGAAGUUCCUUCAUCUUUGGAAGAAGCUGUUACGUCCCAGCAGCCCGAUAUGGUCGCUUACUACCUCCGGCAGGGAGCCAGUCCAGACGAUAGUGCGAAUUCAAAGGUUAGUCCCUUGAUCCUUGCUGCCGCAAUUGGGAACGAGAAAAUUGUGCGAAUGCUCCUGGCAGCUGGUGCCGACAUAAACUACGAAGAUAGAAGCAAAGGAACCGCUCUCCACCACGCUGCAGCAGGAGGCCACCGGGGCGUUAUCAAGCUUUUACUUGUUGCUGGUGCCAACAUGUUCCAUAAGACUGACGAUGGCCAACUUGCGGUGCAGCUUACGCAUGACAGUCGGAUUCGCCAUCUUCUCACUUGCCGGAUGCGCUCCAGCAGCGAGUCGAAUAUUGCCCAGAAGUUUGGCAGUCUGGAAACUCAGUUCGACAGUCCCACGCCUGAUAGCGCAACCCAGUGCCGGAGCCCGACGAGUAGAUGUUCGAAGGUGGUGAUCCAAAAUCCAGUUUCAGUUCCGCCACUACCUUGCAGCGAGAAUGGAUUUGUCGAGACGACAAUGCAGAAAGUUUCGCCUCGGAGCGAGAGCCCGAAGAACAUACAGCGAGUGAUGGAACAGAGGAAGGAGAGGCUGAGGAAAGGUGGCCAAGACAGGGAAAACCUCAAAGAGGAGCGGGAAUCAGGACUGAGAACUGAGUGCUCGUCGCGGAGCAAUGACAGUGAAACCGGUGGGAGAUCCAGGAGGAGAUCCGUGCAGUUUCUUGAUGAAACAGCGGUGCCUGAGAAAGCUAAAGUUCAGUGCCACAGGUGCGGGAAGGAUAACUGCAGUGGACAGUGCCAGGAACAGCCACAACAACAAGCAGCAGCUGCAGGAGCAGCGGUACCGGAGACGAGCCCGUCGUCGAGCCAAGGUGUUGCGGAGAAGCUGUUCCCACAACCGGAAGCUAAGACAACGGGCAAAUUCAAAUGGACUAAAGGAGAACUUCUUGGUGAGGGUGCAUAUGGAAAAGUCUUCUCCGGGCUCAACCAGUCUACGGGUGAGCUGAUGGCUGUCAAGCAGCUGAAGAUUGAUCCUGGCGAAGGACAAGAAAAGUCUUUCUAUCUCGCAGCUCUGGAGCGAGAGAUCAAUCUUUACAGGAAGUUGAGGCACAAGCACAUUGUUGGCUACAUCAAUAUGGAGCAGGACGAGCAAAGUGGAAGCUUGUACAUAUUCCUCGAGUACGUUUCAGGCGGAUCAAUCCAAAGCAUGCUGGAGAGAUUCGGUCGGUUUAGUGAGCCUCUCGUCCGAGUUUACACCCGGCAGCUGCUGCUCGGCCUCCAGUACCUCCACGAGAACAGGAUCGUCCACCGCGACAUCAAAGGAGGGAACGUUCUCGUGGACGCUAUUGGCGUGGUUAAGUUGGCCGACUUUGGAGCUUCCAAGGCUUUCCAUGAUCCUACCGUGACGAACGAAUGCAAGUCGAUACGGGGCUCGGUUUUCUGGAUGGCACCCGAGGUUAUCAAGGGCGAUGGCUACGGACGCCGUGCUGAUAUAUGGAGCGUCGGCUGCACAGUCAUUGAAAUGCUCACAGCCAUGCACCCUUGGCCGGACAUUGACAACACUUGGAGCGCAAUCUUCCACAUUGCAAAGGCGAGCAGUGGGCCGCCAAUCCCCGAGCACGGCUCGGGCUGUGUCAAGGACUUCCUCCAGCAGUGUUUUCAAAUGGACCCGAGAUUGAGACCAACAGCAACUCAGCUCCUAGAGCACCGAUUUGUAGCAGGCGAUCCGGACGAGGAUCCCAGGUAGUUUGCUCGACGUUUUCUCCAAAUAAGAGGACAAAGUUUGUGCAUAUUAAUUUUGCCGCCAUCUAAGACGAGGCCCAUUGGCAAACGGACGGUCGGAUCAGCGGGAUCCAACGGCUGGAAUUUGAGAUGUACAGCUUCGUCGUA